AUGACAACUGCUGCAGGCCUCAACCACCGUCCUUACUCCUUAAAUGCCCCAACGGUCUGCCGAAUUUCUGAAAACGCAACGGCUCCGGCGGUCCGGCCAUCGUUUCCUCCGGCGCUGCCUCCCAGCUGUGUUGCCUUCAACCUCUGGCACCUGCUGUGCGCGCGCACUGUGCUCAUCCGCCGCUUGUUUCAGCUUGGUAGGGCACCGGUCGCCGAGGACCUUGUGCAGCUGUGCUGGUUGCAGAAGAUGGAAAGGAACUGCGACGGUCACGGGGAUCCUUCGCAGCAGCAUCUCGGUUGUCGCCAGUGCACUGACGGCCAAGCAAACCAACAACGGCUGUACGACGGAGGCGUUCAGCAGACACCUGCUGUAGAAGGGAACUCGAAGAGGAGGCGCCUGACGUUUCAGAACAAGGCGGCUGAACCUGAAGCUUCCCCGAGCCAGAGGACGCGCCGAGCGUUCCUCCGCUCCCGCACCCGCACCCGCAGGGAGAUCCUAGUCAGAGAAUGGGGCAAAUUGGGCAGCGCGAUCAGGCGAGCAGCAGCAGUCUGUCUCGCACCAUCGACCGGCGCUGAUGAGGACGACCUUGACCUCCCUUAUUACGUGCAGCUCGACAAGGUGACUACCCGUGCAGUCCGCGGAGAGGCAUUUGGCCCGCUUUACCUGGUUACAUGA